AUGACGGCAGGCGAGCUGGGCGCGGACUCAGCGGCAGGCGAGCUGGGCGCGGACUCAGCGGCAGGCGAGCUGGGCGCGGACUCAGCGGCAGGCGAGCUGGGCGCGGACUCAGCGGCAGGCGAGCUGGGCGCGGACUCAGCGGCAGGCGAGCUGGGCGCGGACUCAGCGGCAGGCGAGCUGGGCGCGGACUCAGCGGCAGGCGAGCUGGGCGUGGAGCUGGUCUUGUUGCGGCGGCGGGCUGGGCUGGCUUUGACGCGGCGCUUCAGUUCUCAGUCUCACCACAUCACACCAUUUGUCCUGAAUGAGGAGGUGUCAAAGGAGGAGGAGGAGGAGUUGCAGAAGGAGGAGGACGAGGAGUUGCAGGAGGAAACAGAUUCUGUGGAGUCAGGGCAGAGGCAGAGCCAGGGAGAGGAGAACACUGAACACAGCCAGGAGCAGCAGGCAGAAGAGAUUGAGGACGGGGCACCAGGGAUAGGGCAGCAGGAGGAUGUUGAGGAGGAGGCAACAGGGACAGAGCAAGAAGAGGUGAGAUGUUCGAAAUCGGGAGUCCUCUCUAGGCUGAAAGUGGACUUCCCACAGGUAAGAUUUAUCCACUGCCUGGCACACAGGCUGGAGUUGGCAGUGUCUGACAGUUUAAAGGCAGUUGGGCACUGCAACCACUUUGAAAUUUUUAUUUCAAAACUGUACAGCAUAUUCAGUCAGUCCCACAAAGCUGUGAGACUACUCUCAGAGGCAGCUGGGGAUCUGAAUGUUGAGCUACUGAAGAUUGGCCAAAUCUUCACAAUUCGAUGGGUGGCAAGUAGUUUUAGGACUCUCAGGGCUGUCUGGCGUAACUACCCAGCACUCGCCAAAUUUUUCGAAACAGAGAGCAAAGACGAGAGUCAGCCAGACAGACACAGAAAAAAGUACCUAGGGUUACUAAAGUACUUCACCAGUGCAAACUUCCUUAGUGACCUAGGGCUGAUGAAAGAUGUCCUUCGGGAGCUACAAAGCCUGUCUCUUAAACUACAAAAAAGGGAGACCACAAUUGUUGACAGCUUCCAGUUUGUUGCACAGACAAUAGAAGUCCUUACUGCUCUAAAAGUAAAUGGUGGCAAGUCCACACACAAGGCUGAACAGGCAGUGCAAGCAGGCUCCUUCAAAGGUGUCAGCCUCAUAGGGGAGGGGGCGGGCAAAAUAAGCAAGCAGCAGUUUAUUCAGGCUGUAGUAGACCACCUCAAUGCACGCAUGCCUGCAGAUGAUUUCGUAAAAAUGCUGGAGCCUCUGCAGAAGUGUACUUGGCCUGAAAACCGUGCUGACCUAGUGCUGUAUGGGGAGGCAGAGGUCUGCAGAUUUGCUAAAUUACUUGGGGAGCCAAGCAGGGAGGCUGUGGAACAGUUUCGUGACUACAAAUUGAAUGGGAAAAAGGAGGGGGGGACUCUGAAAAGACUGAUAAUUGCGAAAGAAACAUACCUGGCAACCUCUGCUGAAUGUGAGAGAGGCUUUUCUGCACUUAAUGACACAGACAGGAAAGCCCGCAACAAGCUCCGGGUUACUAGUUUGGCAGCCCUACUAUUUGUUGACAUUAAUGGGCCACCAGUACAGAUGAUAGACCUGAGACCAUUUGUUGAGUCCUGGGUGAGGGCUGGGCAUCGCCUUUCCAACUCAUGGGUUCCAGGGAGGAAGGCCAAGCAAUGCCAACCAAGGCCUCUGUGGUCCAUGUUUUAAAGUUUUUAUACCACUGACAUUGAUUGUUCCAAGAUAACAUGAUUUUGUUUCAUAAAAUAUGUUAAGUGUUAUCUUACAAGAUUCAUGUUUGUUAACGUGGUACAUGAUUUACUAUCUGUUUUUGUGUUGUGUUC